AUGGAAAAACCACAGAAAAUGCCCAAAGUGGCUAAAGUAAAAAAUAAAGCACCAGCAGAAAUUCAGAUCACUGCAGAACAGUUGUUGCGGGAGGCCAAAGAACGAGAUUUAGAAAUACUUCCACCUCCACCGAAACAAAAAAUUUCUGAUCCCCACGAGUUGGCAGACUAUCAACAUCGUAAACGUAAAGCCUUCGAAGACACCAUUCGAAAAAAUCGUAUGGUAAUUUCAAAUUGGAUAAAAUACGCAAAGUGGGAGGAAACUCAAAAACAGAUUGCUCGCGCUCGUUCUAUAUACGAACGAGCCUUGGAUGUGGACCAUCGAAGUAUAGCACUUUGGUUAAAGUACUUGGAAAUGGAGAUGAGCAACCGUCAAGUCAAUCAUGCUCGGAAUUUAUUUGACAAAGCAGUCACAAUUCUUCCGCGAAUUAACCAGUUUUGGUACAAAUAUACGUAUAUGGAAGAAAUGUUGGAAAAUAUCGCCGGAGCAAGACAAGUUUUCGAACGUUGGAUGGAAUGGGAACCUGAUGAGCAGGCUUGGCAGACUUAUAUCAAUUUCGAGUUACGUUACAAAGAACUUGACCGUGCUCGACAAAUAUAUGAACGUUUUGUAAUGAUUCAUCCUGAAGUCAAGAAUUGGAUCAAGUAUGCAAGAUUUGAAGCUAAUAAUGGUUUCAUUAAAGGAGCACGAAGUGUUUAUGAACGUGCUGUUACUUUUUAUGGUGAUGAGAUGAUCGACGAGAAACUUUAUCUCGCAUUUGCCCGGUUUGAAGAAUCUCAACGAGAGCAUGAUCGUGCUCGGGUUAUUUAUAAAUACGCUAUAGAUCAUAUCCCUAAAGAACGAGCGGAAGAAAUUUAUAAAGCAUAUACCAUUCAUGAGAAGAAAUAUGGGGACCGAGAAGAUAUCGAACUAGUAACUGUGAGCAAACACAAGAAUAAAUACGAUCAGUUAGUAGAGAAGGAUCCUUACAAUUAUGAUACAUGGUUUGAUUAUCUAAAACUGAUGGAAUCUGAAGAAAAUCACGAUCAGACUCGGGAAAUUUAUGAACGUGCUAUUGCGUAUGUUCCUCCAAAAAAAGAAAAAGAAUAUUAUCGUCGUUAUAUUUACCUGUGGAUUAACUACGCACUAUUCGAAGAACUUGAAACUCAAGAUCUAGAUCGCUGUCGUAAUGUUUAUAAAGUUUGUCUUCAAUUGAUUCCGCAUAAAAUAUUUACGUUUGCCAAAAUUUGGCUUAUGUAUGCAAAGUUCGAAAUUCGCCAAAAAAAUUUAGACGCCGCGCGUAAAUUUUUGGGCGCGAGUUUAGGAAUGUGCCCUAAAAACAAGCUGUUCCGUGGAUACAUUGAAUUGGAAAUGGGACUACGUGAGUUUGAUCGCUGCAGAAAACUUUACGAAAAAUGGUUAGAGUACGAACCGGAAAAUUGUACCACUUGGAUGAAAUAUGCUGAAUUAGAAACUCAGCUAGUUGAUCUAGACCGUGCACGUGCAAUUUUUGAGCUUGGAUUGAAGCAGCCACGACUAGAUAUGCCAGAAUUGUUGUGGAAAUCGUAUAUCGAUUUUGAAAUUUCACAAGGAGAACCACAGAAUGCACGACAGCUAUUUGAGCGGCUGCUUGAACGAUCAAUUCACGUGAAAAUUUGGAUAGCAUAUGCCAAGUUUGAAUUAUGUAAUGAGUACGAAGAUGUGGAUCCAGUUAGCGUUGCUAGACGAGUAUUUGAACGUGCUAAUACUGCAUUGAAAAUGAAUGGAGAUCGAGAAAGCAGAGCUAUAUUAUUGGACGCUUGGAAAGAUUUUGAAAUGGAUAAAGGAGAUGAAAACAGUAAAAAGAAAAUUAUGGAUAAAAUGCCAAAAAGAAUCAAGAAAACUGUUAAGGUCAUGGGUGAAGAUGGGAUGGAAGGCUGGCAAGAAAUUUAUGAUUUUGAAUUUCCGGAAGAUGAAGCCAAGCAAACAACGAUUAGACUUCUCAGCACGGCCAAAAAUUGGAAAAAAGCCAUCGAAAAAAGUACUGAAGAAAAUUAA